UGUUAAAAGUGCGCUUAAAGUGCACUUAAGCGCAAAGCGCAGAGCCCUUGGGGCUUUUUUCCUCUAAAGCGAAGCUCCCUCUCAAAAGCGCGCUUUAAGCGUGCUUUUUUGAGCUUUUUUAUUAAGCGCAAAGCUCCUUUUUUUGAGCUUUUCGUAUAUUUUUUUUAAAAAAGUCCUGAUUUGAUUCUUAGCCAUUAGAUCUAAAUAUUUUUUAUAUAAGCCAUUGAUCUAAUAUAUAAAAACUAAUAGUAUGGUGUGCUACCAUACACCUAAGCCUAUCUCUUCAGAUAUUUUUUAACUUUUAACCACAACCAAUCAAAGUCUCAAACACACAAACAAACACAUCAGAUUCAGACACUCCCAACCCCACGCUCAAACAAACACAAACAAACAAAUCAGACACUCCCAACCCCACUGCCAACCCCACUGCUCCCUCCCAAUCACAGUGCUCUCUCGGUAUCAAGCUCAAAGAUUCAAAGGUACGUCUCUCUCUCUCUCUUUUAUAUUCUUCCUUUUUAAACCUUUCUUUUUUUUUACUCUUUUUGAAACCCAGACCUCAAUCUUCUUCUCUUCCUCUUUCUCUCUUUUUUUUUCCCCUCAUUCUGAAACCCACUACACAGUCACAACUCCUCUUUCUUCUUUUGUUUUUUUUUUUCUUUUCUUAAACCUGUUCCAUUCUCUCUGUGUCCUCAUUUUGAAACCCACGACCCAGUCACACAGCUUCUCUGUUUCUUCUUUUUUUUUCCUUAAACUUGUUCCAUUUUUUUCCCUCAUUAAUGAAACCCGAAGCUCCUCUCUUUCUUAGUUGGGUCAUUCAUGAAAAAAAAAAUGUAUGAAUGUAUGAAAUUAUUUAUAUGUUAAUUGUUUGGUAACUUACUUUAAUAUAUGUCAACAUAGCACUUAGACUCAUAUUGAAUUUUUCUUAAAUUUAUUAAGUGAUUAAAUUAUUAACUAAUGUUAGUAAUUAGUUAUAGGGCAUUAAUGCAUUAUGGCUACUGGAGAUUCAAAUUCAAGAAAAGAUAUUGCAUGGAAGUAUGCGUAUCUAGCUAAUCAAAACAAUAAAAAUGAUUUAACUUGCAAUUUCUGUGGGAAAGUUGCAAAAGGAGGGGCUUAUAGACUUAAGCAACACUUGGUUGGAGGUUAUAGAGCUAUUGUUGGCUGUCAAAAGUGCCCUGAACAUGUGAAGGAAGAAGUUAAUCAAUAUAUGCUGAGAAAAAAAACAGAAAAAGAGCAAGUAAAUUUGAUGGCUGAAUUUGAUGAUAUGGCUUUUGAUGAAGAGGAGGAUGAGGUUGCUGAAGUUGAUGGUCGUGGAAAACGAGUGCAAAAUGUAGGUGGCAGUGGCACUAGUAAAAAGAAGCCAAGGCAUGUAGGUCCUAUGGAUGCAUUUGUCUCUCCUCCUAAAUUAGCACAAAUGGGAAAGAGUGGAAAGGGGGUUCAAACAACAAUUAAUGAUGCUUACAAGAAAGAGUUAAGAGAAAAGGCUUGUGUUGAUAUAGCAAGGUUGAUGUAUGAAGCAGCAAUUCCAUUCAAUGCUGUUAAUUAUGAUAGUUUCAAUGCUGCAAUUCAAUCCAUUGGACGAUAUGGAAUUGGUAUGAAGUCCCCAAGUUACCAUGAAGUGAGAGUUCCUUUAUUGAAAAAGGAAGUGGUCCACACCAAUAAUAUAAUGAAGAGCCAUAAAGAAGAAUGGGCAAGAACUGGAUGUUCUAUUAUGUCUGAUGGAUGGAAAGAUAAAAGUCAUAGAUCUUUGAUAAAUUUUUUGGUAAAUUGCUCUAAGGGAAGCAUGUUUAUCGAGUGUAUUGAUGCGUCUUUAUAUAUGAAGACCGGAGAAAAGAUGUUUCAACUACUUGAUAACAUGGUGGAGAAAAUUGGAGAAGACAAAGUUGUACAAGUUAUAACUGAUAAUGACUCAAGUUAUGUGAUGGCAAGACGAUUAUUGGAGGCAAAAAGACCUCAUUUGUAUUGGACCCCAUGUGCUGCCCAUUGUUUGGAUUUGAUGUUGGAAGACAUUGCAAAGCUUCCUACAAUCAUGAGAACAAUAAAAAGGGCAAUUGAGCUUACUGGGUAUAUAUAUAAUCGUACUGGUCUCAUAAACAUGAUGAGACAGUUUACAGGGCAAAGGAACUUACUUAGGCCCGCUAAAACUCGAUUUGCUACAUCCUUUCUCACAUUAUCAAGUAUACAUAAGCAAAAGGAAAGCUUGAGAAAGAUGUUUACUUUAGAGGAUUGGACCCGUAGUAAGUGGGCAAAGGAGCUAACGAGAAAAAGGGUGGCUCAAACAAUUCUAAUGGCUACAUUUUGGAACACUGUUGUCUAUAGUCUUAAAGUGUCAGGUCCUAUUGUUCGUGUGCUUCGAUUGGUUGAUGGAGAGAAAAGGCCUGCCAUGGGAUACAUUUAUGAGGCUAUGGAUCGAGCUAAAGAAGCAAUUGAAAAAUCUUUUAAUGGAAGGGAAGAAAGAUACAAAGAAAUCUUUGAAAUAAUAGAUCGAAGGUGGGAUUGUCAACUCCACCGGCCUUUGCAUGCGGCUGGCUAUUUCUUGAAUCCAGAAUUUUUUUAUGAUAAUCGCUCUGAAAUUGAGCGAGAUGAAGAGGUGAUGGCUGGUCUAUACAAAUGCAUACAAAGGUUGGUUCCAAACAUUAAUCAACAAGAUAAGAUUCUUGAAGAGUUGACAUCAUAUAAGAGAGAAGAGGGUCUCUUUGGGUUGGAAAUGGCUAAGAGGCAAAGAAAGAAAAAGGCACCAGCUGAUUGGUGGUCUGCUUAUGGAGCUUCAACUCUAAGUUUACAGCAAUUUGCUGUAAAAGUUCUUAGCCUAACUUGUAGUUCAUCAGGGUGCGAGCGGAAUUGGAGUAUGUUUGAACAUGUGCAUAGCAAGAAAAGAAAUAGGUUAGCACAAUCCCGGAUGAAUGAUUUGGUAUAUAUCAAGUACAAUAGAGCCUUGAAGCGAAGAUAUAAUUUGCGUGACACAAUUGAUCCAAUCUCCUUGAAAGAUGUAGAUGAUAGCAAUGAGUGGUUGAUUGGAAGAGUAGAAGAGGAUGAAGUAGAAGAAUUUGCUGAAGAUGAUCUUGUGUUUAAUGAUGAUAUUUUGACAUGGGGCAAUGUUACUAGAGCUUUUGGAGUUGAAGAAGAAAGAUUCAACUUCAGAUCAAGAAUGGGACCAUUAGGACAAGCUACAGGUUCAAGUUCUAGUUCACAUCAUGCUCCUCAUGAUGGAGAUGAAGAGGAUGAGGAAAAUGAUGAGGGCUACAAAUCUUGUGAUGAAAAUGAUGGUCCCUUGCUUGAUGAGGAUGAUGAUGAUUAUGUAGAUUAGGAUUUCAUUGCAUAUUUGCAUUGAUUUUGUUAGGCAAAGAUAUUUUGUUAGGCAAAGAUAACAUUACUUAACAUUCUAGUACUUUUUAGCCUUUGCCUUUUUGGUUCUAUACUUCUAUUUUGAUUCAACCAUGUUUUGUAAUUAUGACCAUCAAAUAUCAUGAUUGCAUAUAUUUUGUAAAGCACAAUAGAAUUAUGUAAAUGUCAUAUAAAUUAUAUAAAAUGUUUUAUUGUAAUUUAUAUGAUUAAUUGAUCACUUGAUUGUUGUAUUGAUCAUUAAUAAUUUUUUUUUUAAUUUAUUAAAUUUUUUUUUUUUAAAUGUGCGCUUCACAUCGAUCAGGCGCGCUUGCGCUUUGCGCCUAGGCUCUAGGAGGCCUUUGCGCUUAAGUGCGCUCAGCGCUUUUAACAA